GCGCGCAGUCUCUCUCCCUUCUCCUGGAACCACGACACCUGCUGCCCGCAAUGCCAGGGGACACAACCUGAACCACCUCGCGGCGGGCGGCAGCCGUUGCUGGCACCCUCCCGGAGUCACCGCGACCACAAUGCUGCUCGCUCCACCAGCCACCCCGCGCGCCCUCCCUCCUCGGUACCGGCUUGACGCCGGAUGGGCGUCAUUGGACUGGGAGCCGAUGGCGAAGCCACAUUGAGCGCGAUCCUGAAGCCCGGGAGAUCGGCGGGCCGAGAGAGGCAAAUGUAGCACCCCGAUUAUGCGAGCCUGCGAGGGACUGGGAGGAGGAUAGGCGGUGAUGAAGCUGGAGAUUGCGCGGGGAGGCCAGGUCGGAACCGCGCCGGAGUUUUCGUGCCUGGCGCUGUGACGGCGAGGUGCAACUACCUCACAGACCAAAACUCUACUGCGACAUGCUGAAGGAAAACUCUACCCGACUAGUUCAAAAGAGUACCACCAAAACACCCUGGAAUUAGACUCUGCACUGUCCUCAUCUAAAUAUAGGACUUCUCCCUCAAUAACGGCAACUCUGCUUCCCUCUCCACAGUCAUUCUCCAAAGUCCAAACGCAACACCAACGGGCCCCAUUUACUUGUGUUGAAUUCUUCAGUAGUUACUGUUGUUAGUCUUCCCGUCUUCCCCUUAAGUGUUGAUGAUAAAUAAGCCCUUCAGUUCUUGCUAUGGCCUAUUGUUUCUUGUCAAAGACUGAUGGAGGAGUUCCUUCACUUUCCUCUCCUGCCAUUGCUCCUCCUCCUCCUCACAUGUUCUUCUCCAUCCUUUGUUCAUUCUAUGGAAUCAAGUACAUCCAGGUGCCCCCCCUCCAAUAUCUCCAUCCCUUAUCCUUUUGGUAUUGCUGGCCCUGGCCAUAGCCCCUCCCCAGCUCAAGGGUUUGAGAUCACAUGUGGUUUAUCAGGCCCGAUACUGCACAUUAACAAUAGUGUGUUUGGUAUUCUCAACAUCUCGUUGAUGGAUGGUUUCAUAAGCAUCUUGGCAACUGCCACUAAACAGCCUUGCAGUGGGAAUUAUACUGACUUUAGCCUUGAGGGGACCAACUUCACAUUCUCUGAUACAAGAAACAAGUUCACAGCAGUAGGCUGUGAUAUGGUGGCCAUGCUGGUGAAUGGUACAAGUGGUUAUAGCAGUGGCUGCGCUUCUUUUUGCUCUACAAAAAAUAUCAUGGUUAAUGGUACUUGCUCUGGUGUGGCUUGCUGCCAAGCACCGGUGCCGAAGGGGUUAAAGAAGCUGUCUUUAGAGUUCACAAACAUAACUGGGCAGCUUGGCAGGCACAACAAGGACAACAGUACUUUGGCAUGUCCCGAGGCAUUCAUCGCGGAGGAGAAUUCCUAUGUUUUUUCUACCUUGGACCUGAAUCUAACUAAGAGCCUUCAAUAUCGGCCUGUUGUUCUUGAGUGGUCCAUAGAUGGUGGUAGCUGUGAGGAGGCAAAACGCUCUGCAUCAUAUGCCUGCAGGGAGAAUUCUUACUGCUAUGAUGCAGCCAACGGAAUUGGAUAUCGCUGCAAUUGUACCAAUGGAUAUCAGGGGAACCCAUACCUGCAAGGGCCUGAUGGAUGCCAAGAUAUUGAUGAAUGCUCCAUCGAAAGUCGGUGCACGCAUGGCUGCAUCAACAUGGAGGGAAAAUUCCGCUGCACGUGCCCAUCAGGAAUGAGUGGUGAUGGCCUCAAGGAAGGAAGUGGCUGCAAAGGAAUUGGCACGCUGCAGAUAUCAAUAGUUGCGGCUCUAGCUCUGCUACUGCUUCUCAUCGUUCUCGGUUUCUGGACCCACUGGCUUGUUAAGAAGAGAAAAUUUGAAAAGAAAAGACAGAGGUAUUUUAUGCAGAAUGGUGGCGUGUUGUUGAAGCAGCAGAUGUUUUCACAGAGGGCACCGUUGCGGGUAUUUACCUCAGGCGAGCUUGACAAAGCAACCAACAAAUUCAGUGACAACAAUAUAGUUGGUAGAGGUGGAUUUGGGACAGUCUACAAAGGUAUAUUAUCAGAUCAAAUGGUUGUAGCAAUCAAAAGGUCACAGCGAAUUGAUCAGAGCCAGGCAGAACAAUUUGUCAAUGAACUGGUUAUUCUUUCACAAGUGACCCACAAGAAUGUGGUUCAACUAGUAGGUUGUUGUCUUGAGACUGAAGUUCCCUUAUUGGUUUAUGAAUUUAUCGCAAAUGGGGCCCUUUUUCAUCAUCUUCACAAUACAUCAGCCCCAUUGUCAUGGGAGGAUCGCCUAAGGAUUGCAUUUGAAACUGCUUCAGCACUUGCAUACUUGCACUUAGCUGCGAAGAUGCCAAUUGUUCACAGAGAUGUCAAGUCAUCGAACAUACUUCUUGACAAGAGCUUCACCGCAAAGGUAUCCGAUUUUGGUGCCUCAAGGCCAAUACCUCAUAAUCAGACCCAUGUGACGACCUUAGUUCAGGGCACGCUAGGGUACAUGGACCCUGAGUACUUCCAGACAAGCCAACUGACUGAGAAAAGUGAUGUUUACAGCUUCGGUGUGGUACUUAUCGAGCUAUUGACAAGGGAGAGACCUAUCUCUGAUGGUCAGAUUGACGAGGUGAGGAGCCUAGCAUUGCAUUUUAGUUGUUUAUUCCAUCAGCACCGGUUGCUGGAAAUCGUAGAUUCUCAAGUGGCCGAGGAAGCUGGGAUGAGGCAUGUUAAAACCGUUGCACAGUUGGCUUUCCGAUGCUUAAGGUUGAAAGGUGAAGAGAGGCCAAGGAUGGUAGAGGUUGCAAUUGAACUUGAAGCCCUGAGAAGACUCAUGAAACAACACUCGGUCCUGAAGAUUGAAGGAGAGCAUCUGCUUGGGGAGUCCAGAUGCAACGGGGAUAUGAAGUUCGACGCGCAAUCAAAUUCGAGCCUUGAUGGCAUUGCCAAGGAUGAAAGCAUGGAGGUCAUUCUACUCCCAUCCAACGGUCUCUCAUGCUAGACCUGUUUCUAAUUAACGAGCUGUUCUUUUUAUGUUUAGCUGCCAAUCACGUAGAAAUUCGGAGUAAAGGGAAUUGUUGCUGAGUUCCGUUAGGUCUAUGUUGAACGCUAUUUUUCGAGCCAUUUGUAAGUCAAUAAACUAUAACGGCUCGCCUAAAGUUACCCACUUGGAUUGUACCAAACUUCAGAAAAAAUAAAUCAGAAUACCUAUUGUGUCUUUGCGUUUUACCA